AUGAGCACUACAAGUGCAAAAAGACCAUUAGAACCAACCGUAAGUCUUGAUUUUGCGGAAGAUGAAGCAGAUGAUUCACCAACAUCUGACGAACCCCGUAAGAAGGGCGGUAAACCAGGUAGGAAGCCUCUAGACAGUGAAGCAAAGAGUAAACGUACUGCGCAAAACAGAGCUGCCCAAAGGGCAUUUAGAGAGCGUAAGGAGAAAAAGAUGAAAGAACUAGAGGACAAGGUGCAUGCGUUAGAGGAGUUAAAUCAACAGAGUCUUGUGGAGACAGAAUUUUUAAGAAGUCAACUAGUAACGUUAGUAACUGAGUUGAAAAGGUAUAGACCAGAAAAUCCAAACGAUUCACAGGUAUUACAGUAUUUGGCAAAGACUGAAAACAGUAAAUCAGAUGAUUCUUCUCAGAACAAAAAAGAUUCUGAAUCUAAAGAGAUCGAAGAAAGUGUACGGCGGAAAAUGUCUUUCACGUUCGCUUUCCCCUGGAAGAAUGAAUUUAAUAACGACCACAGGAAUAGUGAAGACAAAGGCAAUCUUAGUUCGCAUGGCGAACAACAACGAUCAAAACAACAACAUGACAACAAUAAUAUAUUAAUGCAGUUCCCCUCACCGGGGUCAUCAUCAAAAUCUUCCUCGCAAUCAUCGAGUUCCUUAAAACCGAAGAAUGGUCUUUCAACACCUUCGAAUGGUGAUGGUAUUCGUAAAGGUAGCACUGGUAAUAACAGUAGUAUAAACCAAACUAAUGGAAGCAUUAGCAGUAGUAAUGGGUUCACGCCUGGAUCUACCUCCACAGGAUGGAUGGACAACGUUUUUUAUAAUGAUGAUGCACGACAACUACCGCAAUUUUAUCAAUCCAAUAAUAAUAAUGAGAAUAGUAGGUUAUUUGAAGAUAAUACGACGAUGCCUGGAGAUUAUGAUAGUGUCACAUUUUCUAACCAAUUCAAUUUUAAUGAUAAGUUCGAUGAGCAAGUGUCAGAAUUUUGCACUAAGUUAGGUCAAGUAUGUGGUACGAAGGAUUGUCCAAUACCACAAAAGCAAAAGAGUUCAUAUUCAUCCCCAGCUGUACCAAAGAGUCCCAUAGUAUUCUCAAACACUUGGGAUACGCCAUCUGAAGAUCCUCAGCAACAACUACCAACAUUAGAAGAGAACUUAUCUGAUCCAUCGAUAAGGCAGACAAAUGCUUAUAGUAAUACCGAUGGCGGUGAUGGUGAUGAUGAGGGUAUUGUUGUUAGUAUGAAUUCACCCGAAAAAAAUUCAGAGUUGCCUUUCAUUGAUACUUCACUCGCAUUUCCAGAAGAACAAGAUCUGUUUAGGGAACAGCAGCCGGAUAACAUGUUUGCAGAAUUUAUCGAACAUGAUCCACAGAGAGAUACCACUAAUGGAAAUGAAGGUAAUACAUCUCCAGAUCAAGAUGAAUUUUUGGCAUCGGGAAUGGUUCAAGAGGAGCCGGCGGUAACAACAGGGGAAGUUAAAGAUAACACUAAUGAUAAUGUUAAAGAUGGUAAAAUUCAAGAUGAAGGAAAAGAGGCACCAAAUUCUGAUGUCGUCGUUCCAUCUAGUGAUGGUAAACUACUCAAAUGUAGUGAAGUAUGGGAUAGAAUCACCUCACAUCCCAAAUACUCAGAUAUGGAUAUCGAUGGUCUAUGCCAAGAGCUAAUGGCAAAAGCCAAAUGCUCGGAGAGGGGUGUUGUUGUACAGGCAGAGGAUGUCCAGUAUGCUCUAAAUAAUAGGGUAGAAUAA